CAUGAAUGGCAUCUUAAUCCCUACUCUCUCUCAUGCUCAUGGCCAUACUUCUCUCCCUCUCUCCCCACCCACCCAAUCCCCCCCAAAACCCUAACCUCAAACCCAAACCCAAACCCAAACCCAAACCCAUCUCUCUCUCUACCUUCAACACCUCCAAACGCCAUUUCGUCUUCCACACUGCUUCUCUUUGUUUUCUCUCUCUAACUCUUCACUACCCAAUUCCCAUUUCCUUGGCCGAAAAAUCGCCCUCAAAGUCGAUUCUUUCGGGCAUUGCGAACACCAAGUCUUGGUUCCAGUUCUAUGGCAGCGGCUUUGCCAUUCGCGUUCCUCCUCAGUUCGAGGACAUCAUGGAGCCCGAGGAUUAUAAUGCUGGAUUAUCUCUUUAUGGAGAUAAGGCUAAGCCAAAGACCUUUGCAGCACGGUUUGCAUCUUCAGAUGGAUCUGAAGUUUUAAGUGUUGUCAUUCGCCCAUCCAAUCAACUCAAGAUCACCUUUUUAGAGGCGAAAGAUAUAACAGAUUUGGGUUCAUUGAAGGAUGCAGCAAAAAUAUUUGUUCCAGGUGGGUCAACUCUAUACUCUGCUCGCUCAAUAAAAAUUAAAGAAGACGAAGGCUUCAGGACUUACUACUUUUAUGAGUUUGGUCGAGAUCAACAACAUGUUGCAUUAGUAGCUACUGUCAACAGUGGAAAGGUAUUUAUUGCUGGAGCUACUGGCCCACAGUCAAAGUGGGAUGAUGACGGUGUGAAGCUUCGUUCUGCGGCUGUGUCACUGACAGUUCUAUGAUCAUCUGUGGGAUGUAGCAGUUGGGGAACAACAGCAAAUGCAAAUUCACUCGAGUGCAAUGUGUCAUCAGAAUAAAUCUUGAACUUGGGCCUGUUCAUACAGUUAUAGGCCAAGUUCACCAUUUUGAUGCCGAAGCGUUGACUUUCUGAAGUGUCGGGUUUAAAAAGUUGAGUUGUGAAGCAGAGCCAAAAUUUUGGUAGCUAUGAAUUUGUACUCGGAUCCGUGAUACUUCUGGUUAGAGAUCUUUAGAGCUUCGUGUUUUUUAGGUCAAGUUUCUUGAAGUUUUGUGCACCUCUUGUUAAGCCUUGCAAGCCUCUGUUUUGAGAUUUGUUGUAUAUCUUCUUUUUUGGUAAUAAAGCUCUCAUUUAUCAAAAA